AUGGUUAUUGCAAUAGAAGAACAAUGCUUGAAGGAUGGAUACUCUGUCCAUGAGAAAGCUCGUGUAGCACAUUCACUUGCGGAUUACUGCGGCAUCCAGAAGAAUUCUUUGUAUGCCCGUUGCAUCAAACGACGAGAUGAGCACAAGAAUGGCGCACCAAACUUGGCAUUCUUGGCGAAGUCUGGUGGAACAUUUGCAAACAACACGGCUCCCACAACUGCUUUCAACAAGACUACACCUUCACCUGUAGCUGCGCCCACUACAAACAAAGCUACAAGUUCAACAACAACGCCGGUACCCACUCCAAGUAAAAGCACGCCUGCACCAGCAACCGCUACAGUUGCUCCAUCUUCUUCAAAGUCUAUAGUGAGUUGUUUCUUACUCAACUAA